UGUGUCCACAGAAACAAAUUUUGAAAUUUCUGAUGAAUUUUCUGUUGACAGUGCUGAACAAAUAAGAAGACAAAAUUUUAAAUUUAGGAAAAACAACAUGCAAAAGUUAAACAAUUUAGUUAAAUCAGAAGAAAGCGUGGAGAAAAAUAAGAAUAUUUUGCCAGAAAAAGGAUUCACGCAAAAAUGUAAAAAAGAGAAUUCAGAUGAUGAAUCCAACUCUUACAAUCAAUUAAAUAAUUGUAUUUCAUCCGAUUCUAUUAAACCAGAUGUCGAAAUCAUGACCAAUAAUGAUGAUGGACAUGAAAUACUUUGGAGCGUAGAAAAAACCAGCACUCAAAAUUUGAACAAUUUUAUUAAAACAGAAGAAAUUGUAGAUGAAAAUGAGAAUAUUUUGACAGAAAAAGGAUCCAUUGUAAAAUUUAAAAGAGGUUAG